AUGCGGAAGAACAAAGACAAAAGCAGAGACAACGAGAAAUACAUUGCUGCUGUUGCUGCUGCUGUUAAAACCUGCACAUUAGCAGCAGCAGCAGCAGCAGCAACAGCAACAACAACAGCAGCAGCAGCAGCAACAGCAUCAAUAUCAACAAAAGCAAUAGCAGCAGCAGCAGUAGAAGCAACAGCAAUAGAAGCAACUACAGUAGCAGCAACACCAGCAGCAGCAGCAUCACCAGCACUCCCUGGCACCGUCGUGACCUCCCCACGCACCCAGAAGCAGCAGCAGCAGCAACAGCAGCAGCAGCAGCAGCAGCAGCAACAGCAACAACAGCAACAGCAACAGCAGCAAGAGCAGCAGCAGCAGCAGCAGCAACAGCAUUGCACACCGACGAAGGAAUACACCUCCAGCAACGCCGUUGCUGCAGCAGCAGCAAAGGCUGCCUGUGCACGCCGAAGAGCAGCAGCUGCUGCAGAAGCUGCUGCUGCUGCUGCUGCUGAAGCAGCAGCAGCAGCUGCUACUGCAGCAGCCGUUGCUGCUGCAGCAGGAGAAGCAAGGGAGCAGCAAAUACCCACAGUAAUAGAAGCCGACAGCUUAUGCACUGCCACUCUAGCAGCAGGGCAUCCCACUGCAGCAGCAGCAGCAACAGCAGCAGCAGCAACAACAGCAGCAGCAACCACAGCAACAACAGCAGCAGCAGCAGCAACAGCAAGAGCUGCUGCUCUUGGAGAGGCCCUUGCAGCUGCAGCAGCAUAA